GCUGUUCCGUGCUAUUCCAGUCCGUUUGUUUUCUCCGGGAGCGCCGGGGACGCGGACUGGCAGCGUGUGCGCGCAGCACCAGCGUGCACGUGUGAAGCGGCCAGUGAUUUUCGUCCAGCGUCUGAACCAAUCGAGGGAGUCGGAACGCAGACAGAGGGAACCCAUUUUAGUUCAGCGUUUGUUGAUUGAGGCGCAGAGAGAAGCGGAGGUGGCUCCUCUCCUCACCCUCUCCUCUCCUCUCCUCUCCUCUCCUCUCCCGGGUGUGACGACUGGAUCUGGGCGAAAACACGAGAGCAAGAUGAUGAACCACAGCUCAGCUGAUGGAGAGGCGGAAAACACCCAACCUCUGCGUUACCUUAGCAAAGGAGAAGCAGCAGCGAUCGAAGCAGAACUGCUGAAGGACUACAGGUUUGGACAGCAGCAGCUGAUCGAGCUCUGGGGACAAGCCUGUGCUCUGGCCAUAGCUAAGGCUUACCCUCUCAGUUCUCUAACAAAGAAGCAGCCAACAGUGCUGGUGAUCUGCGGUCCAGAGCAAAACGGCUCCAUCGGUCUUGUGUGUGCACGACACCUGCGUAUAUUUAACUUUGAGCCGACCAUCUACCACCCAAAGCGCUCUGCUCACAGUCUGCACCAGGACUUCACCGUGCAGUGUGAGAAGAUGGACAUCCCCUUCCUCUCGUAUCUUCCUACAGAGGUGCAGCUCAUCAACGAUGCCUACAACUUAGUAAUUGAUGCCAUGCUGGGCCCGGAGGCCGACUGUUCCAACAUUAAGGAACCAUACUCUGGAAUCCUUGUCACCCUGAAGCAAGCCAAGAUUCCCAUUGCCAGUGUGGACGUGCCUUCAGGCUGGGAUGUCGAAGAGGCAAACCAGGAUGGCAUAAACCCAGAUGUUCUCAUCUCACUUAUGGCACCAAAGAAAUGUGCUAGCACUUUCCUUGGAAAGCAUUUUUUGGUCGGACGUUUCCUGCCCUAUGACAUUCAGAAGAAAUAUGAGCUCAAUCUCCCAGACUUCCCUGGCACAGACUACCUGGUCAAAUUGUAACUGAGAGGGGUGUGGCUUCUGGACCUUUGUUUUUAUAUAGAUUGUUACCGUUGGUUGUUAAUGUCCAUAUCUGAGUUGUUUAGGUCUAGAUUCAAUUUAGGCAAAUGUGUAGCUGAGCUACCAUAGAAAGAAUAAUUAGAAAGACGGUCCUGGAAGAUGUCUUUUAAAGAAAUGUCAUGAGGAGCCCACACUAUUUGACCCGUAAACGCUGUAGCAUUGUUUUUUCAGAGGAAUCCUUUUGUUUCCUUACGAAUGAUUAUUUACCUAGAAAUCCCUCCGGAGUUUGCCUCGGAAAUGAUAAGGAGUUGGUUUGCAAUAAGAAUUCCUCGUUUAUAUGAGUUCCUGUUUUCAGUUCCCUGAUCAGUUUUCUUCCACAAUUCUCUGAAUUAAAACGAAAAUGGUCCGUUGUUGUCCACAGAAUCAAGCUUAAGUUUUAGGAAAUGGGGUGUAACGAUUUGGUUUGCCAACAAUUUGAAUCAUAUCAUAAUCUGUGGUUCCUGAUCCGAUUCACGGUUGAUGUUGGUUCAUUUUGAACGAUCUGAUUCUCUGACCAAAAUGGAUCAGAACAUCUUGAUCCCAAACGUCCACCAGUGUGACUCAGUGAUGAAUACCUGGUACUGAACAGUGCAGGUGAAGUUUUCCAGA